UGACGUAAUGAGUGUCCAGGUGCGCAAUGUUUCCUGGUCAUUACGAAACUCCUGUUGCUGUUUAAAUUCACACGAAGUUGCUCCUGACUCCCGCAGCUCGGUUAAGUUUCGAUUCCGACUCGGAGAAACGACGCUGCCGACCUGACGUGUAAAACGAAACUUAACCUUAAAUUGUCAACAUCACAAGAGUGUAACAUCACGGGGAUGUUCACUCCGAGGCGAUCAGAGAGAGCGUUUCGAUUAGAUCACACCUCAGUCUUUUAAAAUCAAUCAUAUCGAUUGAGUUCUCUGACCUGCUGUCAGUCUCCAGACCUUCAUGCUGUUUAUUGACCGAGUGCUGGAGUACCUUGCAAAGAUGUCUUCCUGGUUCUCCUGCAGGUAUGGUCCGAGGACCGUCCACUUCAGCAUGAGAGGCCUCAGAAACCACCAUCUGUCCUGCUGUGUGAACACUUUACUGCAGACCCUCUCUGCCACCUUGGAACUAUUGAACCUCCUGGACAAGUGGGAAUCAUCUGGUGUUCAAGCAGACGGUCAUAACGUCCCUCUGCAGCUGAAGAGAGUCCUCUCAGCCAUGAGGGGCGACGUCCCUCAUCAUGCCCCCCAUCUUGACUUCCUCCACAGCCUUGACAGAAACUGCAUCCGACUUCAUGUGCAGCAUGAUGCAGACGAGGUCUUCCUCUCCAUCCUGAACUUCAUACAACAGCAGAUGGACAACAGAGCUCUGGCUCUUGAAAUCCAGAAUCUGUACAGGAUUUCUGUGGAGGAGCACCUGCAGUGUUUGGAGUGUAACUCUGACCAGACUCAGACCAGCUUCAUGCUCAGCUUGCCGCUGCACCUCAAGGACGAUCACGAUUCUCUGGAAAGCUCCAUGGCCUCUUUCUUCGAGCAUCAGGAGCUGAGGAACAGAGAUUGCUGCUACUGUAAUAAAUGUGAAACAAAGACUCCAUCCAAAAAGGGUGUCAAACUGCUCUCCCUGCCUCGUAUCUUGCGCGUGAAUCUGAAAAGAUUUCGGAAUUAUGCCGGUACCGUCCGGAAACUUGAGGGCAGAGUUACAUUUCCAGAAACCUUUGACCUCUCUGAGGUUCUAAAAGAGGCGUUUUCCUCAGAUUUCAAUCAGAAUGACUGCAGGUACGCUUUGUAUGCAGUGGUCGUGCACUCUGGGUAUGUAAUCGGGCACUAUACAGCCUACGUUCGGCUCAACCAGCAAUGGUACUAUGCAGAUGACAGCCACGUACAACAGGUUUCUUGGGAAGAAGUAAAGACGACAUAUGGAGGACGUUACAGACAGACAGCAUACAUGUUAAUGUACAGAAGAUGUUCGGAAGCAGAAAGGCCACAACAAGCGGAGUUCUCCGGCUAAGAAGGGGGAAAUAUUAUUCUGGGAUCAUAGUGCAAUUUAGGGUGAACAUGGGAAUACAGAAUAAGCAUAGGAUUUUAAAAGCUCAUUUGUCUGAAAUAAUUAAUUGUUACUUGUACAUUGUAGAUGAAUUCAUAGUAAAUUGUUUCUGACCUCAAGAAGCUAAAUCACAAUGUAACUCAGCAUAGUAGUUUCCAGCAAACACCAGAAGGUGGCGUUGAAGACUCAAACCAGCGAUGGGUUUUCCCCCUCUCGGACCACACACACAGUGAACACACUCAAACAUACUGGGGGGUUGGUUUGAGAAGAAUGCUUAGCUUAGAAAUUCACUGUUUAAGGGGAAAUACCUGUUAUUGGACUCACUGCUUGUUAUCCUGACAACGUUUUUUUUUUAACUAAAUGAGUCACAAAUGAGGAACAAUGUAUUAAUUUAUUUCCUCAAUGCUUCCAAACAAAGAAACACUAAAAAAAGCUCCUUCAGCAUCUCACUGUAAUUUUAUGUUCUGCAUUUUCUUGCAACCUGCAAAACUCAUAAGGAGUCGAAACUUGAUUUUUUUUUUUUCACUCUCUUUUGAUGCAUUAAAAAUGAGCUCCACAUUUAUACACUCAAGGCAGUGAGUGUUUUGUAUGUUCUUGUUUUUGAAACUAUUUUGCAGUCACAGCCAGAGAGCAUAAAAGCUUGGUAUUGGCUGUCAAAAGAGCCUCUAAAGUUCCCACUCCGCUUGGCCAAGAGUCGGGGGACCGUGUGAAAUGGUGCCUAUGUGCUGCGGAGCACUGACAGAAUGGAACAUGUCUGCACAGUGCCACAGGCGGCGGGCCUCAUGCUUAGUCAUCUCGCUGCCAUGUAGCACGAAGCAGCUUUCUGCACAGGGGGGAUCGUCCUCCCACAUACAGACCAGAGACCAGGCCUGGAUGUGCUCUUUAUGUGUUUCGAUUUGAGUCAGUCGUAGAUAUGAUUGGAUAAAUAGCAUUCAUAACCUUUGCCGUGAGCGCUUAUUUAUCAAGUAGGUCUCUAUGUUGCAAUCCGUGUCUACUUGGCGUGAUUUCUAAAGUUAGUCAUGCAUAAUUCUCCCUAACAUUAUUGUGGCGCAAAUAGUGUUAAGAUUAUUCAAUUAAAGCGCUCGCUGAGACGGCAACACUCAAACAACAGCGCCUCCACCUGGUGAGGAAACGAAGGACUCUUCAUGUCAGCAAACACAUUUUAACUCGCUUAUUGAAUCCAUCCUCACUUUUAAUAUCUCAUCCUAGUACCUCACCACAAAACACAAAACACAAAAUCUCCUGCAUAGUUAACCAGGCCAGCAAAAUAAUCAGUUCAUCCCAAUCUACUGUCGCUGAACUGUAUGACCGCUCUGUGAUCAGGAGAGCCCCCCUGAUCACACAGGACCCCUCUCACCCCCUCCAGCACUCCUUCCAGAUACUGCCAUCAGGCAGACGCUACAAAGUCAAAAUCAAAUAGACCCCCUUUUUUAGGAUCUGUCCUCUUUUAAUGUCUGUACUUUGUGUUGUGUUCUUUAAAUGUGUCUUUAAUGUAAGUUGUGUUUAUUGUUUGAGUUUUGUCCAAGGAAAGUUUCUGUCACUGUUGGGAAAGACAAUAAAAAAGAAAAAGUUUAUCUAUUUAUGUAAAACAAUCCUUAUCGCCCGAUGCUGUAGUAAUCUAAUAUAUAGCUUUCAAUAAAAUAAUAACUUACAAAGACA